CUCAGAGGUGGUUCCAAAUGACUAUCAUGUUAUGUGAAAUGGGUUAAGAUGUUGUUCUUAAUAUCGCUGGCUGCUUUAUGCGGUUUAACUCAAACUGAGCAACUGAUUUGUAUGCCCAAGUCCUUCAUCAACGAAUCUAACCCUGAUGAAAAAGUACUCCGACCCUCCUUAAAAAACGGGACACGACUAUCGUUCAGUUUCUCACUAAAGACGGACAACAACAACAGUGGUCAUUAUGUUGACUUUGAGAGCUACACCCGUCAAGUGGUCCUGAGAUUACAGUUUAACCACAAGUGUGACAACUGUAAUAAAUCUCAGUUGACAUUAUCGUCGAUAAGACGGAAGAACACAGGGGGUGAAGGUUAUGACACCCCUGAAACAGUUGGCAAGACAGAGGUGAAGGAGUUCUCUCACGGUACAAUUCCGGUUCAAAUCAUCCUUAACACAACUGUUACCGACAAGGGGUCAGUAUUUCAAUUCUACUUCACGAUAGAGGCCCAAAAAGACGGUGAUGAAUAUUACGACCCUGUGAAGCAUUUCAGAGUUCACGAAUAUAACUACAUUCCUUAUCAGACCACUAGUAUUAUAUACCUUAAGCCUCUGCCAAAUCUCGUCGCUAGGAUUUGCUAUCCUGAUGAUGAAUGCAAAAGAGUGUGCCUAUCAUGUCCCCAGGGGACCAGGCUCCAGCCCUUGGUAGAUUCAGAUGAGGGAAGCAACUUCAACAACACUCACUUCAACAACACUCACAAGUGCACGGAGUGUUUCCCCGGGACUCACUCUGCCUCAGUUAACAGCGAGCAGUGUUCAGUGUGUCACCCUGGUUACUUCGCGGAAAUGUUCUCCAUGUCCAGUUGUGAGCAGUGUUCGAAGGGUACGAGCUCCAAUAUAACCGGGAGAAGCACGGAAUGUGACCAGUGUGUUUUGGGAUCGUACUCCUCUGAGCCUGGAGCAAAGCAGUGUGUCACGUGUCCUGCUGGUUCGAUAACAGAUAAAGCGACUGGGGCUAAGACGUGUACCCCGUGUGAAGCUGGAACAUUCUCUCCGGGCGAAACUACUGUGUGUAGAAACUGUCCCGACAACUCUGUCAGUCCUAAUACAGGCACAGUUGAAUGUGAGCAAUGUAUUUACGGAGCAUUGACUGCUACCCACUGCACGUGCGUUGCCGGGACUCAGCGCGUCAGUGAAACCACGUGCGAAGUAUGCAAAGAAGGAACGUACACACCACGUGACAACAUGAUAGAAUGUUUGGAAUGUGCUGGGAAAGUGACGGAGACCCACAAGUGUGAGUGUCCGGGACACAUGAAACUGGUGGAUGAUGUUUGUGUUCGGAAUUCUUGUACGCCAGGACAAAAGAAGAACGCGGACGGAACGUGUAGUACAUGUUCACACGGGAGUUAUAGUGUCGAGGCAGACUCAGAGAAAUGUCUGCUUUGUGAUCCGGGAUCUUAUCAAGAUACUGAGGGAGACGUCCAGUGUAAACCCUGCCCUCAAGGUACUUCACAGCACCUGAGAGGAUCUGGAUCAUGCGCACCUUGUCAGCUGUCAACAUAUCAGAACAAGAUCGGCCAGCGCACGUGUACGCACUGCCGGGGAACUGUUAACUCUGUCGAACACUCCUGUCAAGAAGACUUGUUCGAGUGUGGUGCUAAUACAAUAGAGUACACCAACAUUGGAUCCGUGACAUGGCCCCGGGCUGACAACAAUAAAGUGGUUAAAGUUAAAUGCGAACACGGCGGUAUCGCCUUGAGAAGUUGUGUAGAAGAUAGUUGGUUGCAACCGAUUCUACUGGAUUGCAACUCACAAGUCACAGAAAAAUUGAACAAAGUUUUGGACAACAAUGAUAAUCAGGAUGUUGAAGCAAUAAAGGAGAUCGUGUCUGAGGAAAUCUCCCAAUUUGGUCCCAAAGAUAUAAAGAAAGUUGCCAUAGCAAUCGAGACCAUAUCUCCUAAAAACAAGCAGGUAGCAACCAGCAAAUUAGAAACUGCUGUUCAGAUUACGAGUUACGACACAACCCUGCAGCACGUCUUUGAGGUAGCAACCAGCAAAUUAGAAACUGCAGUUCAGAUUACGAGUUACGACACAACCCUGCAGCACGUCUUUGAGGUGGUUACUAUAGUUACUAGUAACUAUAGUAACUAGUAACUAUAGUAACCAUGUUUUAACCCCAGGUAGCAACCAGCAAAUUAGAAACUGCUGUUAAGAUUACGAGUUACGACACAACCCUGCAGCACGUCGUGGACUUGUCUACAAAAGAAAGGAUUGUGUCGAUUGUAGAGGAAGGUGUAGGUUUCUUGGUUGAGAAUGGAGAUAACAACCUGGAGAGGUUUAACUCCGACGACAUCUCGAUAAGUGUAAACCGUCAGGGUAGCCCUUCAAAACAACUUGGUCAGGAUCAGAUGGUUUCAAUCACUCAGAACUCGACUUUCUCUACAAUUGUGUACCACAAUUCCAAGCUGUUCGAGUCUCAGAGUUCCAGGACUGAUCUGAUC